CCCUGAGGAAGAGGGCGUUGGAGGAAGAAGGCGCCGCCACCGACAGCUCGCGCACAACCGCGAGGUCCUGGGCACAGCGCGAGCGAUGCGAGUCGGGGGGUCGCGUGGAAACUAACAGACUAAAACUGAUCGAACCCGGAAGCAGCUGGACCCACGGUCACGUCCCGUUCACAGCAGCAGCAGCAGCAGCGGCGAGGACGCACACGGCGCAGCGAGCAUGUCGGUGCUGGCUCUGCAAGAGUAUGAGUUCGAGAGGCAGUUCAACGAGGACGAAGCCAUCCGAUGGAUGCAGGAGAACUGGAAGAAGUCCUUUCUCUUCUCUGCACUCUACGCUGCCUGUAUCCUCGGCGGCCGUCAUGUCAUGAAGCAGAGGGAGAAGUUUGAGCUGAGGAAACCUCUGGUGCUGUGGUCGCUCACGCUCGCUGUCUUCAGUAUAUUCGGUGCCAUCCGCACUGGGAGUUACAUGACGUACAUCCUGAUGACAAAAGGCCUCAAACAGUCAGUUUGUGAUCAGAGCUUUUACAACGGGCCCGUCAGCAAGUUCUGGGCGUACGCCUUCGUACUCAGUAAAGCACCAGAGCUGGGUGACACUCUCUUCAUCGUCCUGAGGAAGCAGAAGCUCAUCUUCCUCCACUGGUACCACCACAUCACCGUGCUGCUGUACUCCUGGUACUCCUACAAAGACAUGGUGGCCGGCGGCGGGUGGUUCAUGACCAUGAACUACUUGGUCCACGCCGUCAUGUACUCUUACUACGCCUUGCGGGCGGCCGGCUUCAAGGUGUCGCGCAACUUCGCCAUGUUCAUCACGCUGACCCAGAUCACCCAGAUGGUCAUGGGCUGUGUCGUCAACUACUGGGUGUACUCGUGGAUGCAGCAGGGGCAGGAGUGUCCAUCCCACAUGCAGAACAUUGUGUGGUCCUCUCUCAUGUACCUCAGCUACUUUGUGCUCUUCAUCCAGUUCUUCUUCGAGGCCUACAUCGCCAAGUCCAGAGCAUCAGCUGCGGCCAUCACCAAGAAGAGGAAGUAAAAGAAAAUGCCAUAAGUACGGGAAGAUAAUGACGAAAGAGGCAGUUUGAAACGAAGAGCAGGGACCACUGACUUGAGAGGGAGAGUGGGGGGUGGUGGUGGUGGUGGUUAAUGAAGAGGUGGGGUGGAGGUCGGGAAGCGGGUGGGGGUGGGAGGGACAAGAGGAUGGCUGGUGUUUGUGCUUGAGCAUUACUAAUAAUGUGCAGAUCUUAAAAACGCCUGGUCCGAGGUGACGUGUCUGUUGCGCGACGCCACUUUCAGAAGCCAUCGCCAUGAGUUGUCCCCCCCGAAGUGUAAAAAAACCCCUUUUUUGAAUCCAACAUUAAAUCGUUUUUAAAAUAUUAUUAAAAAGAUUACAUUUGCCACAAGCAUAUGUUUAUUCGAUAUUUAAAAAAGAAGAAGAAAUGAAUCCGUACAUAUGAAGAUGGAUGGAGUCAGUGUCAACUGGAGCCGUCUGAGUAUGUUUUCGUCAUCUGUGUUUGUCGUUUUGUUGGGAUCUGUCUGGAGAAAAGGUUUGAGACGCCGGCGAGUGCUCGGAGCUGCUGUGCGUUGGCGGCGGAUGUGAAACCGAUGGUUGGUGAACGGCACUGGAUCUUCUGUGUCUUACAUUGCAACACGCGAUAUAUAUAUUUCUCAGGUCUUUAGGUUAUCUCCUUUAUACAAUAUGCAUAUCAAGACAAGGUAGACGUGGGUUAACAUCAGCACGGGUUUACAGUUCGGCCGCGCGGUUUGGGAAUGACUGGACUGACCCGGAUGAUCACACUGCUCCGGGGCACGAGGGGAACCAGACGCUGACAGUGCCCUGCUUCACCGUUCGUCAUGACCUUGCAGAAGCUGCCGACCACACUUGGGGAAAAAAAGGACCUUUCAUUGAUUUCCAAACGCUUGUCUGUGUUGAAGGGUCCCCACCAGUGAAGAGUCUGUCGGACACUGAAAUCAUAAAUGAAGGACAAUGUUUAGCAAAAGGCAAAAAAAAAAAUCAAACAUGCAAAUUGUCAAAAUCUGCUGUUAUUGACUUAGUAUGUAUCAUUAAUGGCAUCUGUUGUGCUAUCGUGCAUUUGCACCGUGUCAAUGUCCAAAACAAAUGUUGCUGAAAAACGUAACGUGCGAACAAAGAGUGCUCAAAUGUGA